GUUUUUCCAGAUUUUCUGAACUGAGGGCUAAGUGAACCAACCAAGCAUGGGAGACUGGAGGUUAGAGGUAUUCAGGUUGUCAGUGUACGUCUUUUUCCCUGUUGGCAUCUUCUGGUACUUUAACCAGCCCGACUACUUCGAGGAACAUGUGACAAAACGCAGAGAAGAGCGUCUGAAGCUGUACUCAAACCCCGAGUACCGGAAGGAAGUGGAAGAGUUCGCAGAGAGAAUGAGGAAAAGACAAGCUGAGAGGAUGAAAAAGGAUGAAAUGGCAUUUCAUGUAGAUGAAAACUGAAAUAAAUGUACAUUU